GACAUCGCUGAAGAAAACUUUCACGUGUUGUUAUCGUAGCUGUGCGUUUUAAUUAGCCAACGAAAUACAGUAAAAAUGCGGGUUAAAAAGACUAAAGAGAAGAAAAAAUUGAUCACGGAUGACCCUGUUAAGAAUUUCGAGAAAUGGAAAAAGAAGUAUGUCGAAAAGAAGACCCGUGUCAAAAAAGCGAAAAAACCGACUAGCAAGAAACGCCAAUAUGAGACCGAGAGAGAAAAUAUACAGAAACUGGUGAAAAAAUACUCAGAGAUCAACCCCAAAGAGGCUGUGAAGUUCUCUGAUUUUCCUCUUUCAAGAAACACACUGAGAGGUCUUCUUGAAGCUCAGUAUAGGCAGCCCACAGAGAUUCAGAGGCAGACCAUUGGCUUUGCUUUGCAAGGGAGAGAUGUUCUUGGAGCUGCCAAGACGGGCUCUGGAAAGACCUUGGCUUUUCUCAUCCCAGUUUUGGAGUGCUUGUACCGUGAACAAUGGACCGCAGUGGACGGUCUGGGUGCUCUCGUCAUCUCUCCCACACGAGAACUGGCCUAUCAGACCUUUCAGGUGUUGAGGAAAGUUGGGAAAAAUCACGAUUUUUCUGCUGGACUUGUAAUCGGUGGCAAGGAUCUAAAAGACGAAUCCGAUAAGAUACAUCGCACAAAUAUCAUUAUCUGCACCCCAGGACGUCUUCUGCAGCAUAUGGAUGAGACGUCCACAUUUCAUGCAUCAAACCUGCACAUGCUCGUUCUGGAUGAAGCUGAUAGGAUUCUUGACAUGGGAUUCGCCGACACGCUCAAUGCUAUUGUGGAAAACCUUCCGAAAACACGUCAGACCCUUCUGUUCUCUGCCACCCAGACCAAAUCUGUUAAGGAUCUUGCCAGGCUGAGCCUGAAGAACCCAGAAUAUGUGUGGGUUCAUGAGCAGGCCAAGUUUAGUACCCCUGCUACUCUGGAACAGAACUAUGUGGUGUGUGAGCUGCACCAGAAGGUCGACAUGCUCUUCUCGUUUUUGAGAAGUCACCUUCAGAAGAAGAUCAUCGUCUUUUUUGCUUGCUGUAAAGAGGUUCAGUAUCUGUUCCGGGUGUUCUGUCGUUUGCGUCCGGGUAUCUCCGUACUCGCUCUUCACGGCAGACAGCAUCAGAUGAAAAGGGUGGAGGUUUACAACGACUUUGUCCGCAAAACGGCCGCAGUCCUUUUUGCUACAGACAUUGCUGCCAGGGGACUUGAUUUCCCAGCAGUGAACUGGGUGCUGCAGUUUGACUGUCCGGAAGAUGCAAACACAUACAUCCACAGAGUUGGAAGAACAGCCAGAUAUAAGGAAGGAGGUGAAGCUCUUCUUGUCCUCUUGUCCUCAGAGGAGAAGGGCAUGAUCGCACAGCUUCAAGAGAAGAAAGUUCCCAUUAACAAAAUCCAGGUGAAUCCAGAAAAGUUGAUAUGUGUCCAGCAGAAGUUGGAGGCCUUUCUGGCCCAAGAGAAAGAGCAGAAGGAGCGAGCACAGAGGUGUUUUGUGUCCUACCUCCGUUCUGUCUUUUUGAUGAAGAACAAAGAUGUCUUUGAUGUUUUUCAGCUCAAACUCCCAGAAUAUGCCAUGUCACUGGGUCUGGCGGUGGCACCAAGGGUCCGUUUCCUUAGUAAAGCCCAGCAGCAGAUGAGCGGAGGUGUGCAGAACAACAGCAUCGCUGCAGGAGACGAGUCUGAAGAUGAACUUAAGAGUUUCAAAACUCAACUCAAGGGAAAGCAAGCUGAGUCUGAGCUUUCACAGUCUGAGGAGGAUGAUGGUGAUGAUGGUGAUGAUGAUGAGGAGGAGGGAGAAAAGCCUGCAGCUCUGCUCUGUGGCUCUGAUGAUGAAGAGGAGGAUGAUCAGAAAGAUCUGGACUUACUGACGGUUAAACGUAAAGAUGUGUUCAGUGUCAACGAGGAUAGCCAGACCAAAGAGGAAACAAAUGCUGAAGAAAAGAAUAACAAACAAAAAGAGUCCAAAGUCAAGGAAGCGAAGAAAAUCCAAAAAAGAAACUUCAAGGUGAACACAAAGACGAUCUUCACCGACAAUGGCGAGGUUUUACAACAGUGGCCUCCUCUGCAGAGAACCAUGAUUCCAAAGGGAGAGGAGGAGGAGGAGGAUGAUGAGGAGACGUCCGGUAUCAAUGUGGAGGCGGCCAAAGAACGGCUCCGCAAGGAAGACCAGGAGUUUGACAAGAAAGAGUACCGAAGUAAAAUCAAAGAGAAACAUAGGGAGAAACGGCUGAAGGAGAAGGCAGCUCGAAGAGAGGCAAGCAAACAGCGUAAAGAGAAGCAAAAGGAAGCUGCUGAUGAAGAUGACGGUGACAAUGACGAUGAUGAUGAUGGUGAGGAGGAGGUUGUGGCCUAUCUGUCGGGAGUUGAAGAAGAAUUCGACCCCAGCACGCUACCUGACCCAGACAAAGUGCACGAUUCAGAUUCCUCAGAUGGAGAAGACAGCGAUGCAUCAGUCCGUGGCAGGAAGAGAAGUUUCAGCGAUGACAGCAGUGAUGAUGAUGGUGAUGAUGUACAGCAGAGACCGGUGGUCAGAAAGAAGCCCAGGCAGGAGUCUACAGUAACUCCUCUGGACACUGGCCUCUCGCUGGCUGAAGAUGAAGAGCUUGUGCUGCAUUUACUGGGCAGCCACAGCUAGUGCAUACAGAAACUGGACCAUUUUCCCAGCACGCAUGUUCCCACGUUCCGACAAAGUUGCAUUGGAUGUGUGUUUAUAGUGCCUGUAUGUUGAGUUUAUACAUCACAUAAAUCCCUCUUUCCUAAUAAAAUUGAUCCUGAAUAUGACUAAGGUUCACUUUAUUCCAUAUUUUUAUGUGCAUGGGUUAUAAUUUCUCUCCUCUACCUCUUCUCCUCUUUACCUCCUUUCCAGCUUAGCACAGGAAAUGAAUUCUCAUGUGGCGUCUUGCCAGACAGUCUCAAAUUACCUAAACUUUGUUUUGCAUUGAAGCAAAAAAAGAUGCUCGGCUGAUGUCAGUCUUGAUGGAGAAACACCGUGAAGUCCCAGGUGCCGUCUAGAACCUAUUACUGUUAAACUGUUCUCAUUAUUUCUGCUUUGAAUAUCGCCUUCCUGUCACAUUGAAACACCACUUAAUGUGUGAUUUCGCCUGAUUUCAGUCUGAAAUUGAAAUGGAGGGUUCUAUAAAAGAACUUCUAGCUCGGCAAUUAUAUGCCCCUAUUCAACUCAAAUCCGGCCUGCCGAGUUGUCUGGUUAUCUACAUUCAGCCAGUUCAUGUCAGGAAGAGGCUUGCAUUGGGUUUACAUGAGACAAGCUAUAAUUGAACACCAGCAUAACUUUGCAUUGCACAAUAGUGACCUUAUCCAGUAAUCCUCUGUAUUCACCCGGAGUCCAUGUUUUUUAGAUGCGCUAGUGGCCGUUUCUCAAAUUAUCAGCACUGUGCCACGAGACCUAAUCGUUUGUAUUACAUAUUUUAUGUCUCUUUCUCACCAGUGACAAUGAAUUUCCAUUGACUCAUUGCUUAUAUUAUACAGUUGCUGUUGGACAUAGGAGCCCUAGGUUUUUUUUAUGCAGAAUCUUGUACAUUCUGUAACUUGAAAAAAUGAAUAUGCUUGCGUUGUCAUUUAGGAUGGCAUUUUUAUGUAAGGGUGUAUGAUGAAUAUGAUUACCCUUUGCUCAGUGAGGGAUUGAGAAUUAGCUUUAGGAUGGUGUUAUUUGGUAAAACCAUUGCCCAUAUUGAUAUCAAACAGGAUAAACAGAUAUUUUAGAGGGAGAUAAACAAAUACCACAGAAUUCACAAUAUUCAUUCAAUUGUGUUCCUAAUGAUGUCACUUACUAAAGGAUGAUGUCAUUCGGGAAAUCAUUGCAUCGCUGAUGUCCUUCGGAAACCUUGUAUGUCCUUAUUUUGUGAUCUUUAUUUUUUGCCGUAAAUCAUUAUUAUUAGGCACUCUUUAUGUU